AUUAUUAAUUGUUUUUAUUAUUACCUUAUGUUGUUCUGGGGUUCCCGAUUUUUGCACAAGCAUGGUAACACCGAAAGGACUUCACGGGGUGAUUUGCAUUUGAGGCAAUGUCCUUUUUAGGAAAUGCGAUUUAAGAGAAGAUACCAUUGAUUUCGCCUCACUGUAUAUUUCCUUCUUUGAUCUUGCCCUUAUCUUUAAUAUGGAACUCCUUUUCAGUUUUCCCGUUUAAUAAUUUUUUGUGGGGUAGCUAUAUACGUGCAUCUUAAUGUAGGCUUUCUAAAAGGAACCUGGAGAUUCUUUUGAGUAGGUUUUUAAGUUAUAAAAGUAUGAGUUAUUGACUAAAGGCUCUUCUAUUAAUAGAACGCUGAAUAAUGGAGGGUUUGAAGUGCUUUGUGUCACACUUUUUUUAAUGUUCAUGAUUAGAUAGCGACUAUGUCAGUCACCUGCAAUUGUGAGGUAUUCUGUCUUCUGUGGUUUCUUCUAUUGAGGUUCAUAUACGUGCCUAGUGGUGACUCGAUAUUUAAUUGGAUAUUUGUUAAAUAUCUCAAUAAAUAUUCUAAUGUGCAGUAGAAUAAUAAUGAAAAAGAGCUUGCUUUUGAUCGUCAUAGCUGUUGUAGGCUGGCUUUUUGUUAGAUCUUCCGACCCUUUUGGGCUCUUAUUGUUUGAUUCGGUGGGGGAUAUUUCGAAACCUUCCUGGCAUUUUCUUCUUUCCCAUAUAACCAGCUAGUGCUUGGUUUCAUUAGUCAGUGUUUGGAUCAGUUCAUUGGAAGAUACUUGGAAGUGUUUCACUGUUCUGUACUCCUGUAUAUGGUUACGUUUUCCCUCAAGUUCUUAGAUCUCUAACUAUGGACUGCCUGAUGUAGCAGAAGCAGAAUCUUAAUGAUCGCGUUGGGAAUUUGUAUAUACUAAAUUAAUGUCUCCAUACAGCUUUCUGCACAUGUAUUUAUAGACGGUGAUCUGGACAAUCUUCAAUCAUCCUUGCCAUUUUCCUGCCCCGAGAUGGACUCUGUGAAAUCCUCGGCUCUCACUCCAAGUAAGAGCAAAUUGGCACGCACAAUUACCAAAGUUCUUCAUAUACGAGCUCUAACUGGGGUAGCACCUGUCCAUGAAACUCGGAAAGUUAAGCCACAAGAAAAGAUCAGUGAUGAUUGCACAGCAAGUAAGAGUACAGGUAGUCUAUCUGAGUCUUUUGAUAGUAUGGAAGAGGAGUUCCAGAAUAGAGUCCAAUUGCAUGCACUGCUAGCAAAAUUGUUUGCCAGCAUCUCAUCAGUCAAAGCUGCAUAUGCCCAGUUACAGUUUGCUCAAUCCCCUUAUGAUGCCGAAGGUAUUCAAGAUGCCGAUCACUAUGUUGUCUCAGAAUUGAAAGUUUUGUCUGAAUUGAAGCAGUGCUACCUCAAAAAACAGUUUGAUCCUUCACCAGAAACCACAAUGCUCUUGGCUGAAAUUCAGGAGCAAAAGAGUCUUGUGGGAACAUAUGACAUAAUGGGGAAAAGAUUGGAAUCGCAAGCAAGACUGAAGGGCUCUGAAAUUACGUUUCUGAGAGAAAAGAUCGAGGAAAUUAAAAAACAGAAUAGGUUGCUGGAGAAAAGUUUAGAUCAAAGUGGGCCUAUUCCUGUCACUGGUGAUCUUCACUUAUCGGGAGUAAAUGCUAGCCAUUUUAUUAAAGUUCUUGGGCAUACAAUCAAGUCUGUACGAAGUUUUGUCCGGAUGAUGGUGGAUGAAAUGAAAUCUGCUGGUUGGGAUGUUGAUGCAGCUGCGACAGAAAUUGAACCUGAUACUUUUUAUUGGCAUAAUGAUCAUAGAUUCUUUGCAUUCGAGUCAUUUGUUUUCAGGGAAAUGUUUGAUUCCUUCCAUCAACUCAAUUUUUCUCUCCCAAAUGAAUCCUUGCCCGAAAAAUGGAAACAGAAACAGUUUUUCUUUGCAAGAUUUAUGGAGCUGAAGCUUAGGAAAACAAAAGAUUUUCUUUCUCAAAAUCCAAGAUCAACCUUUGCUAAGUUUUGUCGGGUUAAGUAUUUGCGGCUCAUUCACCCCAAGAUGGAAUCAUCGUUAUUUGGUAAUUUGGACCAGAGAAGCUUAAUCAGCUCCGGUCAAUUCCCAGAUACAACGUUCUUUGGCACGUUUGCAGAGAUGGCAAGGUGGGUGUGGCUACUACAUUCAUUAGCUUACUCCAUUGAACCAGAGGCUUCCAUCUUUCAAGUACGAAAAGGAAGCCGAUUCUCAGAGGUCUACAUGGAAAGCAUCAUUGAUGAAAUGUACCUUUCACCAGAUUUUGACCCAGUUGUGGCGUUUACUGUCAUUCCUGGCUUCAUGAUUGGUAAAACUGCAAUCCAGUGCCGGGUCUAUCUCUCACAAUGAUCACUUCUUUAUUAUGGGAACAAUAGUAUACCAUCUUUUUACCAAGACCACAGGCACCAACCAAUAAUUAAUGGUAAUGGCCCCUUCACCAACCCAAAAGAUCAAGCUGUUAAACAAUUUAUUAUAUGUCUCGAUUGAACAAAGAUCAUGGUGGACAAGUCGCUACACAUAUUGUGGCGGAGUGGCAAACAUCCUCCUCUACAUAGGCAGGCAAUCAAACGAGUAAGUGCUAUUUUUCUGGCGAUUUUGGAAGAGAAACCGCGUGGACUGAAGUGAAAGGAACAAAUUUUAGUUUAUUUUUAAUUGUCAUAUUUAUCUUGACUGAAAACCAUCCCAUCAAAUUUUGUUAAUAUUAUUAUAUAGGUCAGUGACAGAGGGAUGGUCUAGCUGUUGUGCAACAGAACCAGACAAUGCAUGUACAUGUAAAUAGCAAUAAUUAUUAUAAGAUUAUAUAUAAAGUUAGAUGGGGUAA